CACCGCUUCCAGUAUGUUUUCCGCGCCAGUAGCCGUGCUAGCAGCGCCUGCUUCAGCGGCGGCCUUCGCAGCACAGCCAGCAUCUAACAGCAUCGUUUCUGAGUCAUGGGAGUGCUUAUAUGUGCUCCUGACACACAUAGCCUCCGCCAAUUCAUCAUCCGCAUCUAAGCACAGUACCGCACACUCCCUGCACACCUCCACAUCAGCAUUCGUCUCAGCAUCACGCUUCCUGCCUUCAUCGUCGAGUUCAGCGCCUCUUGCGCUCACAUACGCACCAACAGUUCCUGUAAUUGCAUCAGAAUCUGCUACAGCCUCUAUCGCGCCUGCCUCAGCAGCAGCCGCGCCAACAGCGGCGCUUGCCGCGCCAGUAAUCGCUCAACUGAGCACUAGAGCCUUGGCCAGUUUGGUGCGAGUAACGCCAAAGUCAAUCGCACCACUUUCAGCACUAGAGACGCUCAUAUCCGCGCACCCUGUGUCAGUAUCCGCAUCAGUAACUCCAGUAGAAUUGUCUGCCACACAAGUUUUUGCGCUCCCUGCGCCUGCACCAGUCUCUGCACUAUUCAUACCAGUAUCAACGUCAGCUGCGCAUUUCUCUGCGCCAGUCCCAGCUUCAGCGGCAUCAAUCGCCGCGCCAGUAAAAGUGCUAGCUACGCCAGUCUUUACAUAUGCUGCGCACACACCUGUUUUAGCGUUUGCUAUAUCAGCGGCGCCUAUCUCCAAGUCCGAAAUGUCGGUCUCCGAAUCAAUUGCACCAGCCACUCCAGUACCCCCGUUUGCUACGCCAGGCGCCUCGCUGGAGGCUCCAGUAGCCACGACUACAUCCAGUUUAGCUAGUUUAGCAUAUGCUCAUAUGAGCUCAACACCGAUUAGCCUCGCAUCCAGUGAUGCAAUAGCCUCGAAUAUGUUCGCAGCGGCGGCGGCAGCGACGUCUGUUACGCCUCGCACCUCACCGCUCCUCGUACUUCUGUCAGAGCCGUCUCAGUUGGACUGUACUAUGUUUUCGGCGCUUCAGUCCGCCUCAGUCUUCUCCUCAGCAGCUCUAGUGAGCAUCGCAUUGUCUAGCCCUGUACUCAGCCGCCAGAUAACAGUAAAUACACAGUCGGCAGUGAAGCCAAUCAACGCUAUCUUGUUCCAGUACGCUUCGGCGCGAUUGGCCGCAUCCGCCUUCCUGGCUGCGCUCAUUCUACUUGCAGCACUCCUAAUCAGCACAGAGUACAUUCCAACGCUAGAUUCGGCCACAGAAGGCCUCAGCUCAAUCUUAUACUCACUCCACAGAUACCUUGAGUACACUGAAGUGUUCAGCACACGCAUGGCGCUGCUCCGCUCUCCAGUGAGCCGCGCUCCUCCUUCUAUAGGACAGUUUUGGGCCACAGAGGGCCAACGCAUUGGUUUUGACGCUCAUCACUCAGGUCAGUCUGAUAUUCAUACCUGCACACUCGACUCGUUUGUCUUAUCAGAGCUACCUUCACUCAGCAAGCAGUCUGCCCUCAUCAGAAUCAGUACUCAUCACUCAUUCGAUCCUCUGAGAUCCAGUUUGAGCUCAGCUGAGCCAGAAACAAGAGUAAGGCUCACUCCGCACAUUGAAGUCGUUCCAGGGGCCCUCUUGGUCCAUUUACAUCGUCAAGUAGAAGGGUCGUUGACCUCUACAUACAUUUGCGCACACUGCACCGAGCCAGUCCAGUACAGAGAGACACAACAGCGACCUUUCUCGCAUUCUAGCGACUCUACAGUCACUGCCCUGGCUCCAAGGUUCCAUUACUCAUCCAACAGCAAGAUUGGGUCGAUUUUUCCGACGCCUUUGGCGUCGCGGCGGCGGGAUGUUAACGCUCAUUUCAGCCAAACAAAAAAAAGUAAAAAGUUCGUUACACUACCUACCAGUUUUACCUAUUUCCUUUCCGAACCGGUUGCUGGCCACGCAGCCUAGUGGCGCGACUCGGAACCUGUUCGGUACCACGUUUCCGACUAGAUUUUA